AUGGAGGCCGACCCGAAAGCCGGCGAAGCGGCGCCGACCGUGCAGGACUUCCCUCUGUAUCUCGACCUCGGUAGUGGACUCACUGCCAAGCUCGAGGAACACGACUACGCCGUCCUCGUAGACCAUAGGCUAGAGUUCAACGCCCGUUGCUUGGGAUUCGGCAUCAAGUUUUUCCGGGCGGCGGUCCUGGCCGAGCUUGGGUGCGAUGGUAGGAAGUGGGAGUGGGCGAAGCCUUCCGAUGAAGAGGUGGAGGACAGGCUCGCCGACUGCGAUCAACCCGUUCGAGAUAAAGUGCCCGACGCCGUCCGGGACGGGGACGCGGGCUCCGGCCUGCUAGCAAUGAGCGCGUUGUGCUGGGUGGUGAGGAGGAUGGAUCUCCUGACCGGCGCCAUCCGUCGCAGUGAGACCAGCAUGGACAAGGUCAACGUUUCGGGGUUGAAGGGGCUGCGGAAUGGGAUGAUAACAUUCGUCAAGGAGCACGUCGCUCUCAAACGGUCGGGCCAUGUCGGAGUUGCUGCCGACGCCUGUGACGACGACGGCUCGGAGGCCCCUUUGGCAUCCACAGCAAUAGGUGUCGCCUACACCGUCGAUGAUGCGCGUGGGACUUCGAUCGGAGAGCCCGGAGGCGGCGUCGACAAGGAAGAUGAGGAGGCGGGAAGGGCGGUGACUGGGACCGCGGAGAAGAACCAGGAGGAUAACGAGGAUCAGGAAGAGGACCAUGAGGAUCGUGAGGAGGAGGAGGAGGAGGAGGAGGAGGAGGAGGAGGAGGAGGAGGAGGAGGAGGAGGAGGAGGAGGAGGAGGACGAGGAGGACGAGGAGGACGAGGAGGACGAGGAGGAGGAGGAGGAGGAGGAGGAGGAGGAGGAGGAGGAGGAGGAGGAGGAGGAGGAGGAGGAGGAGGAGGAGGAGGCGGAGGAGGCGGAGAAGCAGCAAGAGGGGGAGCAGGAGGAAGAGGUCGAGUGGGAGUUGGAGGAAAUGGAGGUGGAGGACGUAGAGGGAGCGGCGGAAACGGCUGGGAGGUCGGCAGAUGUUGUGAACAAGGGAGGGGAGGAUGCCGACGAGGAGAAAGUCGGCGUGGAGGAGGCUCACGGGGGGGGAGAAGGGGAUAACGCCGCGGCCACGAAGCCGACGGGCGUGGAAGCGCCUACCGAGACCACCGCAGGGAAGGCCGGGGGGGAGCGGUCUAGGGUGAAGAAGGCGGCGCGCGGUCAUCCCGGUUCCUCCGCAUCUGGUCGGCAGGCACCGCUGGACGUCGUCGAGCAGCUGCAACAGGAGAACAGGCGAUUGACGGCAGAAAAUGCCCGUAUGGAGAAGGCGCUCGAAGAUGAAAGGGGUCGGGUGGACAGGUUUGUGUUGGGGAUGCGGGGAAUCCUCGACAAGCUCCAGUCGUUGGCCGACCAGGUCGCCGUCUCCGACCAUAAUGCGGCGAAACGGCUGCUAGAUGCGACGUCGGCCGUGUCGACAACCAUCACGGACAACAUCACCAACCACAUGGACGAAUCGUGGAAGGCGAUGAAGUCCUUCGCCGAAAAGGCGUCGACGUGGUUGGCGGAAAUCGACGGUCCGGAGGGAAGUAUGGCAGUUGAACGCGCAAAAGCGGUCGCCGCCUUGGGCAACCACGUGGAAGCGGUGGUGGACGAUGCGAAGCUGGGUUUGGAGGACUUCAUCUCGAAGCACCUAGCCGCCGCGCAGGCCAACAUUGCCGCCGCGGUAACUCGCACCAUCGCCGUGCCGCCGCCGCCCCCGCCGCAGCCCACGCCAGCCUUCCCGGACGAGCUCAUGAAGUCGUUCAAGGCGGACGUGUUGAAGGCGGUGACGGAGGCCACCCAGCAGUCGUUUGUUGCGUCCGGGUUAAAGCUCAUGACCGAGGUGAUCGGCAAUGUGGCGGCUGGUCGGCGUGCGUCGUCGCCGUCGGCCAAUGACGCCGAUCCCGCGCAACGAAGGGAGGCCGACAAGCAGGGCCGGAAAAGGGCGGGCGGCGGAGAUGAUGCAGGGAGCGUGAAGCGGAGCAAGGGAGCCGAUGGAGGCCGCGGCGUCGGCGCGGUGGGUCCAGGCGGCUCGCGGACUCGAGGUCAGAGCGUGGUCGACCAGCUCAAGAAGAACGGGGCCAAGGUGAUAAGCAGCGCGCCGGUCGGCCCGUCAGCCGCCAACAACGAUGGGCCGGCCCUUGUGGCUACUCCAGCUGCAGUGGGCCCGUCUGCCGCCAAGGGCGACGCGAAGGAUGUUGCGGCUAACCGCGACGGUCCGUCCGCCUCUAAGGUGCCCGCAGCGGCGAACGCGCUCAGGGAAAUGCUCCACCGCAUGGAGGCCCAUCGCAAGGACGUGCAGCAGCCUCCCUUGGUCGAUGCCGCCCCCGCCGAAGCAGCACGCCGCACGGUCACUCCGCAGGUCGCCGCCACAACGCCCAGUGCCCCACAUACCGCGCCUCUGGUCGCCGCCCAUCCAACUGCGGACCCAAAGUCCGCAUUGCUUCGCGCUCGGUUAGGCGCACGUAGUGCGGCAGCGCCAGCACAGACUCGGCCGGAAGCCGGCUCAAGCGCGACGCCGACGUCGGUAAACGAGGCGGCGGAGAAGGGCGUGAGGGCAGCGCUAGCCACCGGCGGCGGAGCCGUUGACCAUGCACAGGCGUCGAUAGGCCACAACGACGCCGACAUCGCUGCCAUCCAGAACCUGUUGGAAUCGGUAAAACGCCCCGGGCACCCCGCUGCUCUGGCCAUCUCGGACACGGCGCAUGUGGAGCCCUUGGCGAAUCCCCCCGCUGGUUCAGCGGAGCCAAAGACGACCACUGAUGCUGUCGGCGAUGGAGAGUCGAAACAGAAGGGGAAGGCCGACACAGUGAAAGGGAGGGCGAGCUCUCAGAGGAAAACACGGGCGAUGUCGGCCGAGACAGGGAGGGAUAAGGCAAAGGAGAAGUCGGUGGAGAAAGGGAAGGAGAAGGCGGAGGAGAAGGAGAAGGAGAAGGAGAAGGAGAAGGCGGCGGAGAAGGAGAAGGAGAAGGCGGUGGAGAAGGAGAAGGAGAAGGAGAAGAAGGAGAAGGAGGAGAAGGAGAAGGAGAAGGAGGAGAAGGAGAAGGAGAAGGAGAAGGAGAAGGAGAAGGAGAAGGCGAAAGGACGGAAGGGUCAUGGCAUCCGCCACGACAACUCGGGCGACGGUCUUGGGUGGGUGGGCGAGAUUAAGGUGCUCGGCGCUAAUCGAUACAUCGGCAAAUCGCGCGAGAAGAUGGAGCUGGCGUACUUGCACUCGAUUGCGUACAUCGUCUACGACGGCUACGUCAGCAAGGUCCUCAUGGCCGAGCUCACCGGCUUGGAGGAAACCGAGUUGGAGAAGUGGAGGAUGGUGUGGGAGGAGGUCAAUAUUUUGCCGACAGGGAUGUGGACGGUGAUAUGGGCACGGGGCGCGUACCUUCCAAAAACACGGUUCGAUGACAUUCUCGGCCAGUAUCGAGCGUACAAGAGCUCAGGCGAUGCGCACCACGACGCGCUCUUGCCGGCGAUCUGGUUCCCCGUCGAUGCCGUCACAAAGGAAGGCCAGGAGAAGUCGGAUGCUAUGAUGUCGGCCAUGAUAGGUCGCGUGUCCAUGUGCGCUGCGUAUGGGAAGGUCGCUGCGAGCGCGGCGAGGAAGGAGGGAGACACUGAUGAGAAGACGGCGAUUGCGGCACAGGCGUUAUCGGCCUCCGCUUGCGCCGUGUGGUGCUUAGUCGAGAACGACGACGCCCAGGUGGUCGAUGCUGUGGGCGAAGGGAAGGCGGCGGCGAUGGUGGUCGGUGCGAGCGAGAAGACCGCCGGUGUCUUCAAGGAGGUCAUGCAGGCGGUGCUGGAGGCCGAGAUCGACCGGGAGCAACCCCUGGGGGAGGUUGCGCACAACGUCGCGCCGGCGCUGCAGAGUCUCGCUCUGCACCGGGUCUACCCGGGGGUGGAUCAUGAAGUCGAAGCCGACGUGAUUGCUAGAGCGACAGUGGAGACAUUGGCGUUCUGGGGAAUGUGCCCCGUCGCCGGGCCGAAACUCGAAAAGAUCGGCAUCGCGGUGCCGUGUGACGCGCAGAUGGAGUACGACAUUGAACACAGGGGGAGGAAGGGGCAGAGAGGCAAGCAGGGCAAGGACAGCACGGGGAAGAAGGGGAAGAAGGGCAAGAAGGGCAAGGACAGCACGGCGGCGUAG